AUGUCUGCGCAUGAAUAUAGUCUUCAUUUUCUAGUAAAUGAACUUGUACGAUCAUCAAAUGUUAAUUUAAAAGGAACAAAUCUUGCACCAGAAGCUAUUCUUGAUUAUUUCAAUAAAAAUACAAAUCAACAAGCUAAUACUUAUACACCAGCAGAGUUAUCUGAUGCUAAACGUAAAUUAUUUUCGAACUCAUUAUCAGCAAAUGAAUUUGUUGAACUUUAUGAUAGUCUAAAAGCACGACAUGUACGAGAUUUGGACUCAAUUAUAAUAAUUCUUUCUCAUAUUGUCGAUAAUCCUGAGGUAAUCAUUAGUUCAAUUAUGUCUGAUGGAGAUAUUCGUCGUCGAACAGUGACACCAUCAUCAUCCACAGAAUUUCUUAGUCGACCACCAUGGUUCAAUGAACGACUUCGUCUUUUAUGGGAUUUUUAUCCAACACCCGAAAAAUUUGAACCAGAUGUUGCUAUUGGACGUCUUUCAGUUAUGGAACAAGAAGCAAUUAUUGUUGAAGAUCUUCUUUUAUGUAUGUUAGGUAUCGAAGGUAAAUUUAUAAAAACACCAUCAUUAACGGAUAAACAAGCUCAACGUUCAUUUCAUAUCGAUCGAUCAUUAGAUCCAACUUUAAGAGAUUUAGCUCGACGAAUGGUACCUCUUUGUUCUAAUCAUUCGUUAAUUGUACGAUUUAUUGAAGAUCGUUUACAAUAUAAAUAUGGUUUGAUUAAUCAUGCACUUGCUGGAGCAUUGAGAGAAGUUGUUCAACGAUAUUAUGUAUUUGUUAGUCAACUUGAAACACAACAACAACAAAGUCUAUUAACAUUACAAACAUUAUGGUUUCAUACAGAACCUGUUAUGGAAAUGAUGGAAGUUGUAGCAAAUAUUGUUAGAAUAUUAAAUAAGGGUAAUACAAUUGGUCGUGCUGUACUUGAUCUUCUUCAUGAACAAACUCUUAAAUUAUCUGGUCAUAAACAAGCUUAUGAUAUCUGUUUUUUUCUUGCUAAAUCAGCUUAUAAACCUUAUCUGACUAUGCUUGAAACUUGGAUUCAUAAUGGUUUAAUUGAUGAUCCAUAUGGUGAAUUUAUGGUUCAAGAAAACAAAGAUAUAAUUCAUCAUGAAAGUAGUCUUGAACAAGAAUUUAAUGAUAAAUUUUGGUCACGUCGUUAUACAUUACAACGUAAUAAUACUCCAAUAUUAUUUCAAUCAUCAUCUGAAAUGAUUUUAAAUACUGGUAAAUAUUUAAAUGCUAUACGUGAAAGUGCAUUUGAUUAUAAUGAUGAUAUGAAUAUGGAUAUGUCAACAUCUAUAUUACGUAUUGAUAAACAAUUAUUAAUGAAUAAUUAUAAAAAAUUAGAAUAUACAAUACAUGAAAAAGAUCUUGAUGAAACACUUGAAGAAGCAUAUAAAUAUGCAAGUGAAAUAUUAUUAGAUUUAAUUUUAAAUAAAUAUCAUUUAAUUGAACGUUUUCAAACAUUAAAACAUUAUUUUUUAAUUGAUAAAGGUGAUUAUAUUGUACAAUUUAUGGAUUCAGCUGAAGAUGAAUUAACAAAACGUGCACGUGAUAUUGAUGAAAAUAAAAUUCAAUCAUUACUUGAUGUAUCAUUUGCAUUAACAUCUGAUGAUCCAUAUAAAGAUGAUGUACGAAUAAAAAUGUUUCAUUAUGAUCUUAUAUCAAUGCUUGAACGUGUUAUUAAUGUUGAAUCAUCUAUGAAUAUCAAUGAAUCAAUGGAAAUAAAAUUAACUGGUUUAGAAUCAUUUUCACUUGAUUAUGAUGUUAAAUGGCCAAUAUCAUUAGUAAUUAAUCGAAAUUGUCUAACAAGAUAUCAAAUGUUAUUUAGAUUUUUAUUUUAUAUUAAAUAUAUUGAACGUUUAUUAUGUAAUGUAUGGCGUGCACAUAAAAAUGGUGGACGAAGACGACGUAAAGGACGUGAAAAAAGAAAUAUUAUAACAAAACCAAAUGGUGCAGCUUAUCUAAGACAUAAAAUGCUUCAUUUUGUACAAAAUCUUUUAUAUUAUAUGAGUUUUGAAGUUAUUGAAUCACAUUGGCAUACAUUUCAAAAUAAUUUAAAAAAGGUUACAAAUAUUGAUGAAUUAUUAAAAUAUCAUUUAUUAUUUCUUGAUAAUUGUUUACGUGAUUGUAUGUUAACAAGUGUACAUCUAUUACGACAUAUUCAUAAAAUAAUGGCAACAUGUGUUAUGUUUGCUAAUGCUAUGGAUAAUGUUGAUGAUGAUAAUGAUUAUGAUAGUUUACCUGGUGCAGUAGUGGCUAGUUUUAAUAAUAAUUUUACUGAACAAUUACGACAAUUACUUGAUGCAAUUUCGAAAGAAGAUGGACCAGUAAAUGGUAGUUCUGGUGGUGGACAAAAACAUACGCUAACGAAUAUUAUUCAUAGGUAA